CAGUUACACAACUUUUUAAGUCGUGAUUUUUUAAGUCGUGAUUGCUGUUACUUUGUCCAUUACCUGCCUAUCUGGUAGAUCAACAUUACUUCCUCUGUUUCUUGUGGUGUGGAUAGCAUUAUCGAACUAGGCUAAAACCAAAACUCAAAACAGUUUUUCGGAUUGCUAUACGAUGUUAAGUUGUCAUGGGAGGCUGUCAGUCUGUCAGCUGUACAGCCUCAAUAUCAGUUAUACCGUUACAGGUGGAAUCUCGAGGAAACACACCAAGCUAUGACAAUGAGAGAUGGCCUUCGGGUAUUCGCCAUGGACAACUACGUCCGGAGGACGAAAGAAGGCUAAAGCGGAACUAUUCUUUCAUCUUAUCAGAGAUAGACGCGACACAGUUAACUGACGUCAUGUUUGAAAAAGAAAUAUUCGCCAAGGAGGAUAUUGAAACCAUAAAGUCAAGUGUCACAACGAAAGAUCGAAACGAGGCUUUCAUGCACAGGUUGUUUAGCAGCGGACCCGGGGAGUCGUUUCAAAUCUUCAUGGACAUUCUCCAAGAACGUUACCCUCACGUUAGUGAUAGAAUCAAGUCAAGCUGAGCGCAGAUAAUCGCGUAACUGGGGGAUGUGUAAUGGGUGUCCAGACCCCCGGAAGGCUACUUAAAUUAAUAUAAAAAGGAUGUGAGAUGAAGAAACAGCUUCGGGCGCAAUUAAAUAUACGGCUACUCCAGUUAGAUCAUUAAUGCUGAGAGUAAAACUUAAAUUAAGGACUUUUUUUUUAAAACCAUUGGGAUAUUUUUACGUUCUU